GGAGCCGGGCUCGGGUCGGGGAGGAGCGGGAGGCGACGAGGCGGUGAAGCUAUAACACUUGCUGUAUGGAAUCUUGUUCUAUAGCAUGGGAGAAGAGGAAGGACUCCACCAAACGCAGUUACUGGACACAAUGUUUGUGCGAGGAUUGAAGAGAAAAUGUUUUGAUGGUGAAGAAGAUAUUGAAGGAACUCUGGCUGGUUUUAAGGCUAUCCCUUCAUAUAAUCUUCAGCGACAGUCACUUUUAGAUAUGUCUUUGGUCAAACUUCAAUUAUGCCACAUGCUCGUUGAACCUAAUCUUUGUCGUUCGGUACUUAUAGCCAAUACGGUGCGGCAAAUCCAAGAGGAAAUGACCCAGGAUGGGACUUGGCAGAUGAUAAAUACACAGAGUGCAGGACAGACUUCUCUAGAUCGUCUAGUUUCAACAGAUAUCCUUUGCCGUUCAUCCAAGGAACAAGCUGAAGGAAAACUUGUUCCAGUUUAUAGUACCUUCACUAAAGAUUGUGAGGGUACCCAGUCACAAGAUAAUUCAGAAAUUAUGUCAACAGUUACGUCACCACAAGUUCCAAGAAACCUGCAAAGUAACAUGUGGGAAAUGGAGAACCCACAAGAAAAUAGAGGAAACUUUCAAAAAUCAUUAGAUCAGAUAUUUGAGACGUUAGAGAAUAAAAGUCCUAAUACAGUUGAAGAUCUAUUUUCAGAAGUUGACAAUUCUUACUAUGACCUAGAUACAGUAUUAACAGGAAUGAUGAGCAACACAAAAAUGGGACACUGUGAUCUCGAAACAUUUCCUUCUCAGACAUCUGCAAAUUCUAACUCUAACUGUAAAUCUGAUCUUAAUGAGCUUGAUCAUAUUGUGGAGAUCCUUGUUGAAUCUUGAAACUGUUAAAUGUGCAGAAGACAAAGAUCCUUCAAGGAAACAGAGGACUUGUGGAAACAAUUUUUAAGAUAGUUUACUCUAUCAAAACUGCACAUGUAUUUUAUAAAAAAUAUAAAGCACUUCAUAUUGCAAAAUGUUAAUUUUUGAAGUUAACAUGCAAUUUGUAGUGUCACUCUGUUUUGUCCAUUUAACUGUAAAUACAUACUGUAAAUGGUUUUAAGUUAGGGCUCAAGGCUUUCAGAACUGGGCUUUUUUGCAAACUUUUCUAGCCUUUUGAAGGGGGUGUAUGUUCAGUGAGAGGGUUUCUCUGUCUUUUGUUUUCCUUCCCCCCACCCCCACUAACAGAGGCAGCAGUUAUAGAGAGAGACUGGGUUCUCCUUUACCUCCUGAUUCUGGAUCAACACUUCAUUCCUACCACCACUUAAUUCCUUCCCUAUCCACUUCCUCUGUUCUGCCUGCAGUUACCGCAGGGCUCUUGAGGAGCAAUAUGCAAUAGUUCCCAUUACCCUAGAUUUUAUGUCUGUUUUUGCUAAAAUUUUCUGUUUAAAUAUAGUUUUAAAGUGUUUAUCAAUGUUUAGAUUUUUUCCAGCUAUUUUCCUAAAGUAUAUUUUUUACUAUAAAUGUCCUGUCAGCUGCUAAUUUAGUAACUUUUAAUCAUAAAUAUUUGCAGUUGAUGUAUUUUUGAAAGACUUUCAAGAAGGGAUUUGUUUUUUUACCAUGAGCUACCUUAUGUAGUUCAGUAAAGUGUGUAAAUGUAAAUAUACAUUUUAUACAUUACAUUAAAAUGUAAGCGCUGUUUUCAUGA